UGUUUUUGAAGCUGUGUUGUAUAACGGAGUUGGGGAGACGGGUUAUUUGUCACACUUUGUACUCUACUGAAGUCGGAGUAAGAAUUGAAUAGAAGAAGAACAAGAAGCCCUAUAACAGAUGGUAUUGCCCCCACAGUGCCUGGAUCUCAUCAUUGAGUCAGUCUGGGAUUACAUGAAGAAACAGAAGCAACUGAUACAGCCUAAAUGUUGCUGUUUUGAAGGCAAAGCAUCAUAUGAUGUUAAUAUACAAAGAAGCAAGCACCAGUGGCCCAUGGAUACUCUGGUUCAUUUGCACCCUUCUCUCACUUUUUCAUGGUGUAAUAUCUGAGACCAGCAGAGCACUGGACAUUAUGACAAAAUAUCCACUAAUCGAUGGUCACAAUGACCUGGCACUACGUCUGCGAAUACAGUAUAAAAACAAACUGAGUCAGCUCAAUCCGCACAAUAUUCCUAAAGUGGCUACAGAUAUCACUCGCCUCACUGCUGGUCAUGUUGGAGGACAGGUCUUUGCAGCAUAUGUGUUAUGUACGGCUCAGGAUAAGGAUGCUGUCAGACUGACUAUGGAACAGAUUGAUGUCAUUCGUCGUCUGUGUACUGAAAACCAAGAGUUGGAACUGGUCAUGACAGCUGGAGGAAUGAGAAACAGUGCAAAAAUUGCAUGUCUCAUCAGUGUGGAGGGAGGUCACUCCAUCGACAGCAGUUUACCAGCAUUGCGAAUGUUCUACCAGCUUGGAGUAAGAUCCAUGACCCUUACACACACCUGCAACACACCGUGGGCUGAGAGCUCAUCUAGACAUUACCCAUACUACCAGCGGAAGAACAAUAGCCUGACAGAAUUUGGGAAGGCAGUGGUGAAUGAAAUGAACAGGUUAGGAAUGCUGAUUGAUCUGUCCCAUACGUCUUGGGAGACAGCCAGAGCAGUGCUGAAGCAUUCUACAGCUCCAGUUAUUUUCAGCCACUCCUCAGCCCAUGCUAUCUGUAACAACACUCGCAAUGUACCUGAUGACCUGCUACUGCUCCUGAAAGAAAAUGGCGGGCUUAUCAUGGUAAACUUCUACAGCAGUUUUGUAGCAUGCUCAAAGGAAGCAGACGUCUCUAAUUUGGCUGAUCAUUAUGAUCAUAUUAAGGAGGUGAUUGGAGCUGAAAGCAUUGGGAUUGGAGCAGACUUUGAUGGGGCACAAGGAUUUCCUCAAGGCCUAGAGGAUGUAUCCAAAUAUCCAGCUCUAAUUGGGGAACUGGUGUCAAGAAACUGGAGUGAGGAGGAGUUGUCAGGAGUGCUAAGACUGAACUUCCUUAGAGUAUUCCAAAAGGUUGAAAAGGUGCGAGAUGAUAUGUCUAACACUUUACCAAGUGAAGUUGAAAUCCCAUUUUUGGAAGCAAACAACAGCUGUCGCGUGAUACUGACCCAUCCGGUCAUCAGAUCUGAGAGAAACUAUCGAAACACAAAUUCUCCUUUACUGCCUGCGACAUCUCUAGCCUGGUUCGUCCCACUUUUUGCCCAGUUAAUCUAAUUGUAGAGCAAUACAUCAACCAAGGACAAUGUACAAUCAAAUAUCUUAUUGCAGAUUGGCUUCAGACCAAGAGUUAAAUUGACUGCUAACUCAAUGGCUGAAACUGAUACAUUUAUUCCUUUUGGAGAUAUACAUCGUCAGGUUUGGAAACAGUUCUUGAAAACUAAACUUGAGAUUUUUAAAAUAUUGAUUUCUAGUAGACAGAUUUAAUUAUUGUAGCUAAUUAAAAACUGAAAUGCCUUUCAAUAAGCUUUUGAAUUAAAUGUUUAAAGAGAAAUAAAGUAUAGGAAAGGUUCUUUUUUUUUUUUUUUUUUAAAUAAGAACUCCUUAAGUUGUCCAUUAGUUGAUGAAAUAAUAAAGGCGUUGUUGUAUUCUGUAAGUAUAUGGGACUGUGUGCAUCCUGUAUGUGAUUGUGUGUGUGUGUGUGCAUUCUGUGUGUGUGUGUGUGUGUGUGUGUGUGUGUGUGUGUGUGUGUGUGUAUGCAUUCUGGCUGCGUCAUAGUCUAACCCAUUCAUCUCUCUUUCUCUCUGUGUCAGUGAGUGAGUGAGUGAGUGUGUGUGUGUGAAUAUUUUGCUCUCUUGAUGUUUUAAAGCCUCACCCCUUCAUUUCUGUGUGUGUUCGUCCAGCAUUGGGGCUGAUAUAUAGAUUGUAUUCAACACAUAUAUAUAAAAAAAUUGCUCUGUGUUAGGAUAUUUCCCACUCAUGUCCUAAGGUCGGUCAAUUCUGACUGCAAACAGCCCAGGUGGCAAAAAUGACAGAAGAGUCUAGUAGGGUUAAACUGGGAUAUGAGAAAUUAUUUAAACGUUUUCUUUUUUCCUUUUUUUUUUUAAAUGUAAUUUUCAGCUGUGUGUCUUGUUAAGCUGCUUGACAAGAAUAUGUGAUGUGUGCAGUAAAAUCGUUUAGAUAUAAUAUAAAAAAGAACUCUCGGAAUCUGUGGUUUAAGCAGAUUUUCAUGUAGGAUAUUUUUAAAUUCAUGGAGCACUUUAUUGGAACUUUUUUAAUUUAUUUUUCACAUUUUAGUUUUAUAGCUUUUAAAAUGUACUUUCCUAAAUUGUCUGCACAGCAAAGUCAACUGCUUGUUUCAAGUGUUUAAUCUUAAAACACUAUUCAGGGAGUUCAUAGAACAUUAAGACCAAUAACAAUAAUGGAUUAUUGCCUUUAUAUUCCAGAUAUAAUAUUGUAAAAAUAGUCAAUACAAUCUUUCAUAUAUUUCUUUUAUUUGUUUAACAACUUAUUUUUUUGUCUGUAUAGACAUCAUGCCCUACAGAAAGAAUAAAGAUUAUGUAUUGUAUCCAAAAUGUUUGAGUUUUGCACUAAAAUGCAUGUUGAAAAGAACAGUUAAUUUACAAUGAGAAAUGUCUUUCUCUUUAUGAUUGUGUAACAGUCCAUUCAUAAAUUGCAUAACCCACAGAAGCAUGCAUGUCCAAUAUCCAUCCCAUUCCUUGGGCCGGAUUCACGAAAAUGUUCUUAUGAAACAAAAAGAAAAAAAAAGUUCUUAGGAUAAAUCAUAAGAAGUUCAUAAGAGGUGGAAUUCUUGAAAAAUUCUUAAAUAUUUUCAUAAGAACAUCUUAAUUGUUUUUCUUAAGAAUAAAAUGGCAUUAUCAACAAAAUGUCUUUUUUUCUGAUUUCUGAGUCUUCUAGAAGGCUCAUGAGGUUGCCUUGUCUAAUACAACAAGUUACAUCAACACUGGUAUAAUCGUAACGAUAAAUUGAUCUUUCUAUUAACCUAUUUGAGGUAGCAAGCACCUUGUUAUAAUUUUUUAUGUAAAUUCUGGAUGUUUCUAUGGACUCUUAAGAUCGCGAAGAGAUAUCGCUUUAUUGAAUUGACCUGCCACAUUAAGAAUUAAGCUUCAAUUUUGAUUGUUUGAAUUUCAUAACAUUUAUGUGGUUUAAAGCGGAAAAUAAAAAUUACUUAAAACAUUCAAAAACUUGUUGUGGUCUAAAAUCACAUUUCUACAUAAGCAGUCCAUCGUGACUUCUGACUCAACAUUAUAGAUUGCGUCACAUUUUGAGCAAUCCAGUAAAUUCAUCAAACAUCUUACCUUUAGGGAUUUAGGAUAACUGUGUGGUGGUUAGCCUAACUUUAAGGUGUUAUUUAUGAUGAUUUCUGAGGAAAAAAGUUUUAAGAACAAGUUUUUGUUAAGAACAAUCUUUCUUAGGAAAUUGUUUUGGGAAUACAGAAUAUUGGUAACAUUUCUUAAGUUAGAAUUUAAGAAGAAGAUGUGAAGUUAAGCAGAAUUAUCUUAAGCAAGUUUUGUGAAUCAGGCCCCUAUUCCUUUGGUUAUUUUCUGAAGAUAAUACUUUCAACACAAUAAUGGGUGUUUCUACAAAUAAAUAAUAAGGACGAAAUAAAUUAAAUAGUUACAAGAACACAAGUGGAAAUGUAAUUUCAGCACUUGUGUUCUGAAUGACUGUCUUUUAUGUAUCUGGAA